UCCUUCUCCCGUGUCCGGCUCGUGGCGGGCUGUGACGGUCGCAGUUCCAUUCCGCGAUGUUGAUGCUGCACCCGUGCUGUCACGUUCGUUCAGUGUUGUGUUAUUUAGCGUAAUUAUGUGUCGGUUUUAGCGAGUGUGAUCAGUUAAAGGAUUAAUCCAGGAUAUUGGAUAGCAAAAUCUGCGAUGGCUCACUUAGGAAUUACAAGGGGCUGCAGCCCCGAGGCAGGAGUGCCCGAUAUGACGGUCAUCUCCGACAUAGACGAGGUCGGCAUCAACCGCAACCUGCAGACCCGCUACACCAGGGACCGCAUAUACACGUACACGGGCACUAUCCUGGUGGCAGUCAAUCCCUACAAGGAGCUCAACAUUUACACUACGGAACAUGUGUUUCAAUACCAUGGCCAGAAGAUGGGCUGCCUGGAGCCGCACGUGUUUGCCUUAGCGGAGUCUGCGUACAAGUCACUGCAGACCAGCGAGACCAACCAAUCCUGCGUGAUCUCGGGAGAGAGCGGGGCUGGCAAGACGGAGACCACCAAGUUUAUCCUCCAGUACCUCUGCUCCGUCACCAGCAAUGUCAGCACUUGGGUAGAACAGCAGAUACUGGAGGCCAACACCAUCCUCGAGGCUUUUGGAAAUGCCAAAACUGUGCGCAAUGACAACUCAAGCCGGUUUGGCAAGUUUAUGCAAGUUUGUUUCGACAGUCGCUGGAUGAUCAAGGGCUGCAUCAUUCAGGACUACUUGCUUGAACAAUCUCGCAUCACUUUCCAAAGUCCUGGUGAAAGAAAUUACCAUGUUUUUUACCAGCUGGUUGAAGGAUCAAAGGGGAACAAAGAAUUAGCAAAUCAGUUUAAGCUUAAGCCGCCGGAGUUUUACAACUACCUGAAUCAGUCAGGCUGUAUUCGCAUUGAAGGGGUGAGCGACAUGAGGAAGUUUGAUGCACUCAGACUUGCCUUCAAUGUGUUGAGGAUACCCUUGAACAUGUGCGACGGCAUCUUCAGCGUCCUGUCUGCGAUCCUCUGGCUCGGCAACACCAUGUUUGAGGACAUUGAUGGUGAAAAAUGUAAACUAACGGAGAGUGACAAUGAAGUGUUAAAUAUAGUUUCAUCAUUACUUGGACUGCAAGUUGAAGAUGUGAUUCAGGUCGCUCUUUUGAGGCAAAUAAACGUCCGAGGAAAUAUCACAGAAAUCCCAUUAAAAUUGCAGGAGGCCAGAGAGAACAGGCAUGCGAUGGCCAAGGCGUUGUACUCUCGGACGUUUGCUUGGCUCGUCAACCACAUCAACACCUGCACCAACCCCGGACAAGACUCAUCCAGGUUCCUCGGCGUCCUUGACAUCUUCGGAUUUGAAAACUUUGCAGUCAACUCGUUUGAACAGCUUUGUAUAAACUACACCAAUGAAAAACUACACAAGUUCUUCAACCAUUACGUUUUUGCACUGGAACAAGAAAUUUAUCGCCAAGAGGAAAUACAGUUCUCCCACAUCCAGUUUACAGACAACAGUUCCUGUUUAGAGUUGAUAGAAAAGCCGCCUCGCUGCAUUUUGAAACUGCUGACCGAACAGUGCCACAUGCCCAAGGGUUCAGAUACAGCGUACCUUGUGAACCUCCACUCGGAGUUUGAGUCGCACCCUCACUAUGUGAAGGGUGAGGACCGUCGCAAGUGGGAGGUGGAGUUCGGCAUCAACCACUACGCUGGCACUGUCACGUAUUGUGUGCAAGGCUUUGUCGACAAGAACCGAGAUGUCCAGCAGGACGUAUUCUUUGACUUCAUGAGCCGAUCAACUAAUGAAUUCGUCCAGGAACUCACUCACUUUCAGGACCUGCUGGGCUCUACGGUGGCCAAGAUGAGUGCGGGAGGCAGCACCAUGGCCAGCCGAGGCACCAGCAAGGGUAAACCUACCGUCAGUGACACCUUCCGACACCAGCUCCAGGCCUUGGUGGAGGUCCUACAGGCAACAAACCCUUGGUACGUUCGGUGUAUCAAACCUAAUAUGAAGAAAUCAUCAAAUGACUACAAUGAGAAACUUGUAUUAGAUCAACUGAAGUAUUUGGGGAUGUUGGACAUAAUCAGGAUCAGAAAGGAAGGCUACCCAGUCCAUCUGACGUUUGCUGACUUUGUUGCGAGAUAUCGCUGCCUGGCCAAACAGAGGUUACCAAACUGUGCCAGAGAAGCCAUCAAAUCAAUAAUGAAAUUAUAUUCAAUAAAUCAGAAACAAUGGCAAAUCGGAAAAACCAAAGUAUUUUUAAGAGGCUGUGCUCAUGAACCCUUAGAAGAUAGUCGGAACCAAAUUAUAAACCAGAAGGCUUUGAUUAUACAACGGACAUGGAGAGGAUAUAAUGUGAGGAAAGAUUACAAGCAGAUCAGGGAUGCAACGUUGAGGAUCCAGCAUGCCUACAGGGGAUGGAGACAGCGGCUUGUAUUCCUGAGGCAGAGGAGAGCCGUCAUAGUCAUCCAGUCCCACCUGCGCGGAGUGUUCGCACGAGAGGUUGCUGCUGCCCUUAGGGAAAUGCGUAGGGUGGAAGAAGAAAUGAGGAAGCGAGAAAAAUUAGAGGAAGAAAAAAGACUGAGAGAAGAAGAAUUAAAGAAAAAAGCAGAGGAUGAUAGGAAAGCUGUUGAGGAAUCAGAGAGAGCUGUUCAACAAGAGAUAGAUGCUCUGAGCCACAUCGCAGAGCAGCUGAACAACAAGAUGCUAGAGACGCACGCUCCUGCGCCAGGUGAAUCCGUCGACCUGGACAAUCUGUUCGCCUUCCUGUCCGACGUUCAGACCGGCCGAAACAACAUCAUUGAUGAAAUCGGAGAGAGGAUGAAUGAGCUAGUCACUGACCUGGACGUAGAGCUGGAGUCAGUGAUCCAACAAGAGCUGGAAGGCCUCAACAAUGCCAGUGAUGGUCCCAACAUUCCACCCAACAACCUGGACCUGAGUCGCACUGCAGCUCCCAAGCUGAAGCCCCCUUCACUGCCGGAACCCACCGAGCCCCCUCCCCCACCCCCUCUGGUGGAGCCCCCUGGUACUUCCGAGCCGAUUUACGAGUCAGUACUGCCACGUGACGGUGGCUCCCCCCCACCCCUGCCUGCACCACCGCACAAGCUUCGGCCCAAGUCACCCAACGUAGAGAGGAUACAGAAGGUGGGCGGGUCCCCCACUGUCGGCUCCCCACGCCCCAGCAGACCUAGUUCUCGCAGCUCCAAUGUGUCCGGGGGAGUCCAGUCGUCGUAUUCGUGGAAAUACAACCAGGAAGAUCCUGAGAGAGAGCAGAGAAGGAAGUUUAGGGUUGAAAAGAAGCUACAAGAAAUGGAAGAACUCAAAGAAAAGAAUAUAGAUCCCCUCCAAGAUGCCUACCAUGAUAUUGUUGAAUUUGCUCAAAAGUUUUUUAAUUCUCAUGAAAGAACACCAGAAGGCACGAUCAUAGCUACCUUAACACGUAAAAGUAAGUCGGUAGAGACCAUGCCCAAGUACGAGAUGGUGACUUACUACAAGGGAUCCAGCAUUCCCAACUCCCACAUCCACAUGUACGACCCGGACAACAUCAAUGUUGCUUGCUCAGUAUUCCGGGAGUUGUGCAAGUAUAUCAGAGCAGAGGUGUUGAAGCCUGAGGUGGAGGCCCAGGUGAUACAGACCAUCAUAGGAGCCGGUCUGGAGCGUGAAGAGCUGCGGGACGAGAUCUUUGUGCAGUGUAUGAGACAAGCCACCAACAACCCCAAUCCUGAGGCCACUGAGAGAGUCUGGCUGCUGCUGUGUCUCACCAUCGUGGCAUUCCAACCCUCCAAGAACCUGUUCAAGUAUUUUGUGUGCUUCCUAAAAAAGAAUUUGAUGACUGAAGGUAAACUGCGUCAGUACGUUCAAUGGUGCCUUGACAACUGUAAGAAUACUAAAGUCUCCUGCCGUCAGUUGCCUCCUUCUAAAGUUGAAAUUGCUGCAAUGAAGAAACUGGGAACAAUAGUGUGUAGAUUCUUCUUCCUUGACGGAAGGACGAAGGCCAUUGAUGUUCACCCUACGGACACGGCUAGUGAUGCAGCUGCCAAGUUGGCGGAGAAGCUUGGACUGACCAACCUGGAUGGCUGGGCGAUCUACCAGAGUCGACCUGACGGGGAGGAACACGUCAGAGCUCACCACUUCCUGUACGAUGUCAUCGCCGCUUGGGAGAACAAACAAGCCAAAGCCAACGCCCCAACAUCUUCUUUUCCCACCCUGUCCAAGCGAGGCAGUCAGCCUACCUUGGGGAGUGGUGAGAACAGGUUCCUCUUCAAGCGACGUCUCUUCAAGAACACCAGGGAGAUCUCACUUGACCCUGUUGAAGUUAACCUUCUGUAUGCACAAGCUGUCUAUCAUGUUGUCAAGUGUGAUGACUUCCCGGUGAGUGAGAAGGUAGCCCUACAGCUGGCAGGUCUGCAGGCUCAGGUCAACCUAGGAGACCCCAAGGACUCCAAGUCUCUAGAGUCUUACAUGGACAUUGACAGUUACCUUCCCUACAGGGUCAGCCGCAGCAGAGGAGAGGAUGUUUGGGUGCCAAUAAUUGCCCAAGCUCACAGGCAGUACGGGACGGGCAAGACCAGUUUAACAGCUAAAGCACUUUAUCUCUCCUGCGUGAUGCAGUAUCCUCUCUAUGGAACAACAAUGUUCCAAGUCACGUACAGAGGCUAUUGGUCUUAUGGUAACAGCCUGAUAUUAGGAGUGAACAGUGAAGGCCUGAUGUUGAUCAAGCCAGAUGACAAGUUUAUACUGUACGAGUUCCGUUACCAAGAUGUGGAAUCCAUCUUCCUCGAUCCCAGUGACAGCUUCCUAACAGUGAACCUGAUGAGACAACAUGGAGACAACGGGGCUCACCGCUGUUUUGUCUUUGAGACUCCGCAGAAGUCGGAGAUCGGCUCUCUCAUCGUCAGCUACUGCCCCGCCUUGGCUGGCUGGAUAACUGAUAAUGAAGUUCCAGUAAAAGCAAUGACUAAUGAAGACCGCAUAAGACUUUACCACAAUGUAGUAAACUGCAGAAGAGCUCUGGUUGACAGUGAAAUGUUGAGGAAACCUCAAGAAAUCGGAGGUGGAUUCAUCAGGAACACAUUACGAAGGUUAAGCAGGCAUGGUCUGGAGAAGCUAAGAGCAGAUUACGGUGGUGUGUCAGAGAACUACAAAGGAUUCUCCCUCAGCUAUUGGGCGUUUGGUCGUCAACCAAUGACCCAGAGUCUCAUGAAGAUGCCAGAGGCGGAAGAGCAGAUAGCCGUUCAGAUGUACCAGAUCAUACUCACUUACGCAGGGCUUGGGCAGAAUGGCGAGACAGUUCGUAGAGCAGAAGAUGAACACAUCAACCUGAUCCAGAACGUGAUGGAGCUCGCCAUGAGGAAAGAAUCACUGCUUGGAGAGUUGUACCUACAGCUGGUGAAGCAGACGACGGAACACCCAGACCCCAACAGUAGAGUGAACCUGCGCCACUGGGCUCUGCUGUCCCUGGCUUGUUCUGUAGUGUUGCCUCCCCAGCGACUAAUCCGCAAGUACCUCAUCAGCCACCUGCGGCGCUGCGCCAGCGACUGUGUCACGGAGGAGGGCAAGUACGCCAGGUUUGCAGAAAAGUGCCUAACCAAGACGCAAGGCACGCGUCGCCGCCAGUGGCCGCCCUCGCGUGAAGAGAUCAUGUGUACCAUCAACCGACGGCCCAUCUACGCCAGGUUCCACUUCAUGGACGGCCAGUAUCACGCGGUAGAGUUCCACCCGUCAGCCACAGCCAAGGACGUCAUGGAACUCGUCAAAGCCAAGAUUGGCCUCAGAGAAUCAGCCAAAGGCUAUGCCAUCUACGAAGUACUCGGCAAUUCAGAGCGAAGUCUGGUAGCAGAGGAGAAAGUUGCAGAUGUGAUGUCCAAAUGGGAGAAGUACCGCAACGCCAACGCCACCAACACUGGAGGGCAGCCUAACAAACCUACACGCAAGCAACACCACUUCUUCCUGUUCAAGAAACACCUGUUCCUAGACCAAUACAUGGAUCUAGAUGACCCUGUGGAGAAGGAACUGUUGUACCAUCAAGUGCUGCAUAGCCUGCGAUCCGAUAGGUUCCCAGUCACCGAGGAUGAGGCGAUGGUGUUGGCGGCACUGCAGUCCCAGGUGGAGAUAGGAGACUUGGAGGACAACAUUAUAGACUACAGGAUCAUAGCAAGCCACUGUCUGCCAGCCAGGAUUGUGCCUAGUAUCUCCUAUGAGGGAGUGAUGAAACAUCAUCAGAUCCUCGCAGGCAUGACACCAGCUGAAUCUAAGAAGGCUUUCCUCAACCUCAUCAGAAGCUGGCCUCUGCACAGAGCUACUAUAUUUGAUGUCAUGCAAUCCUUCACCAGCAACUGGCCGCGAGUGCUGUGGCUCGCUGUGGACCAGGCGGGGUUGCAUCUGUUGGAGCAUCGGUCUCGUAACGCUCUCUGCAGCUACGAGUACGAGAGUAUUCUCACAUACUCUCCUGCUCUCAACUGUCUCAUGAUCAUCACCGGCAGCGACAAGAAACAGAGCAAAGUCAUUCUCACCACUUCUCAGGCGUUCCAGAUUGCUAACCUGAUUCGUGAGUACACCGAAGUGUUGCAGUCUCCACACGAGGUGCGCAAGAGGGAGGGCAAGAAGAAAAGCAACGCUGGUAAUGCUCGGCCCGUGAGCAUCCUUCACAAGCCAGCACCGGUCAUCGAGCAGCAGCCCCAACCCAGCUAAGGGUCACUGACCCCAGGACAGGCCCGCGACAAGAGACGAUGUCAAAACUGUCCGUACAACCAAAUUAAAGUCUAAGUCACCUCCGUCAUUGUUAGUUAUCGAAGUUUAUUGAAUAUUGUUUAAUAUUUAUAUUAUAGUAUUUAAACAUUAACUAUGUGAUAAAAUGUGUACAAAGUUGUUAGUGUAUUUAAAAGCUUGCUCCUAGAUUGUGUUUGUUUGUAUAUAACAGAGAAGUUUAGCUUGUUCUUUAUUUAUAUUGUACAGUUUUUUUUGUUUUUUUAGUUGUAGCUGUAUAGCAGUGUGUUUUAAUUUAGUCUAUACAAACUUUUAGUAGGAAUAAAUUUUACAUUUGAAUUUUUUGCACAAUUUAUAGACUAACUUACUUAUUAUUGGUAUAACUGGUUAUUUGAAUUUGUCACAAAUUUACGGUUUUUAAAUGCUCCGAAUGCUAUAUAAUAUAUACAUAUUAGUAAUAUAACCAUUUUAACUAAGUAAUGUAUAUGCUGCCUUUGUGCAUUUAAGAAUCAAAUGGCUGGUGAUUAUUCAUCAUUAUUAUUUAGUCUAGAAUAGAAACAUUUGAAAAUUAUUUCUUGAACAAUAUACAGGGUGUUUAUAAAAGAAUGCCGGGAUUUUAAACAAUUGUUGCUCAGGGACUAUUCAAGAUAAUUAAAUGAUUUGAACGUUAAACUGAAGAGAAAAGAGCAAAGUUUUUUCUCAUACUUUGAUACAAUUCGGAAUAAUUUAAUAAAAUUCAGAUGAUUUUCAUCAAUCUUAUACGAGCGUAAAACUGGCUAUGUCUGUGCGCUUAGGGCAAUUGGCGGGUUUAUCUGAUGUCUUAACUGAAUCUUUUUAGGCACAAAGACUCUAUCUUUUACAGAUAACAUCAUGAAAUGUUGAUUUAGGUAUGUUCAACUGAAGACUUCGUCGGGCAAUCGAUUUUUUUGUUGCGCUGUAAACAUCGUACUGGAGACUGGCGUCAGGCGUGUGAGACACCAUAGCUGCCUACCACCCACACCUGUUUUGGGCAUGCCAAGGUCAAAGUUUCCUCCCUUGCUACAUGGGAAACUAAACUUAGUUGUUUUAGCUUCAAUUUGACAUAUAAAACGUUUAGUUACCUUGAAUAGUAUCCAAGCAAUUACCAUUUAAAAUCUCGGCAUUCUUUUAUAAACACCCUGUAUUUCUUGCUGUCAAUAAGAAUACAAUUUAAAGUUAACUAAUACUUAUGUUUUAAAAGUAGUGUUAAGCCAGAUUCUUUUACAAAGAACAUGCGAUAGUUUCAUGAAAUAAAUCUAAUUGUAACCAUUGCCAGUAAAGUAAUUAUUUACUUUUCAAUUAAAGACAAAAAUACUAAUGGAAAUAAGUAGUUGCUUCCAAUGUCCAGCAACAUAUUAAAAGAAAAAGUAACAAAAAUAUAAAUAUAAUGCUUAUUGAAGUAAUUAUAUUUUUAACAAAAUAUUCUUUUAUUCUAAGCGUUUAAAAACCUCGUUUGUCCACCAAUUUUAUCAAGAUACUAUGUUUAUUACUAGUUAACAGAAGGGUAUUUGUAUUUUAAGUAGAAGCAUUUACAUAAUUAUAGUGCAUAGCUAGAUUAAAGCAAGUAAGUGGGAGACCCAACAAAUGGGGCCAAAAACUUAGAAUGAAAUAGCAGGGGCGUCAAAAGAAAUUUCUGCCCAAAAAAAUAAAUAAGAUUAACCAGAAUGGAACUAAAUCUUUAUCUGAUUUUCAAAUGUUGUGAAAAUUGCUAAAUAAAUAAAAUUAGUCUACGUUAUUAAUGCUUAAAUUGAUUUUCGAUAACUUAUUAUAGCAACAUUUUUACAUGUAAAAUAUGUAAACAUAUGUAGUAGGUAACCUAUUGUUUGCUAAAGACAAUUUGUAGCAAAAUGUUGUUUACAAUAAUCUAAAUGGUAGUAAAUACACAUUGUUUUUAUCAGCUGAGAGUGAUGUUUACGCCUGGACUCUAGUAAGGUGUGUGGUCGCCGCAAUGAUUUUUGGUGCUGCUUUUAUUGUUGUAAGACUGUUGAUAUUAAUUUUAACAUUGACACUUAGUUAUUUAAACAUAGUGUACAUAGAUAGAGAAUGAUAAUUUAUAUUAGUUUUAGAAGUUAACUUUUGAUGACAUUUUUAACAAGAGAAGAAAACAAAACAUUUAUCUGUUACAAGUGUGAAUAUGCAGUGUUUUAGUGGUUUUUGAUUUUACUGAAUGCAUAUUUGUCUGAACGUUAAUCACUAAAAAGCAAAAUUGGGUUUCCUAAAAUUGUUUAACAAUCAGUCUGCAAAAUUCUUU